CUUCAGAGGAAUCUGGUUUAGUGGGUGAAAAACGAAGUGACAAAACUGCAGCUUCAUUGUCAGGAGUAAAUUUUGCUUCGAUGGAGAAGGAAGCAGUGGAAUGCGCUGCUGACUCACCCUUGGGAAAUUCUAAUUGCUCCCUCACAACAGAAGUUUUGAGGCACGGAACCCUUGUGAAAACUGAUCUUGAAAUUGAAGUAUCUGCAAAGGAUAUCAUAUCACCUAAGACAGUUGAACAAAGCCAACCAAGUGAUGAAACAAAGAGUAAUAAUGUUCCACAUAGCAUCCAUACCAGAACCGUCAAUGUCACUAGCACCGGUGGCAGUCAGGUACCAACGAUCCAGCCACCAAUUUUGACUGGAAAUAAGGAUGAUUUUCAACAUAAUAUAAGCCCAGCAAAAGGAGUCAAUACUACCUUAAAAAGAAUCAAACCUGAAUCUUGGAAAGGAGCAUCUGAUAAUACUGCUGAACCAGAAACAAACCCUCUUUUGACAAUCUUUAAAUCUUUCAUAGCGGCUUUCGUGAAGUUCUGGUCAGAAUAAUGUAGGUUGAGUGUAUCUACUAGAGUUUUGUAUCUGCAGAAUCUUCAUUGAACUUUCUAGAAUAAUGUGUAUUACUUCGUAUUUCUUUUGCAUAGGAAUAUAGCUUAUUUGUCAUCGGUGUUAUAAUCCUUUUCUCGCACUCACCCGAAUCAGUUUUCCUCGAGUAAUGAAACCUAAUGGUUGUGAAAGAGGUUUUUCCUUUUCUUUUUUGUGUUGUUUUCUUUUUCGGGGCAUGAGAUUGCUUGCUUCAGUUUUAAUUCAGCCGUAAGAAUGGAUCUAAUACAAUCCAGGAGGAGAAUUGUGGGAGCAGCAAUCUCUCUCACCAUGGGAGCCUGGAUCUGCAAGUUUGUCAGCACAAUUCUUGCCUUCUCUCUCUCCUGGUAUGUUUCAGAUUGUUCUCCUUUUUACAGUCCACGUGAUUCAUGCACUCAUCAAGAGUUGACUUCAAAUACAACCCUUCUCUCCCCUUUUUUUAUUUUGAUGAUUGAUCACGUUUUACAGACCUUAGAGAUUCAUUUGGUCAUCAACAGUCGUAUUCAAAUGCAAGGAAA